UUUUUCGUCAUGAAGACAUUCUCAAGAGAAAACGAAUAUGUAAAAGUGUAUUGGAAUAUCAUUUCUUUAUUGUUGAAUAACAAUAAUAAACAAAAUAACUACGCACUUCCUGGUUUUGGUAGCUGGUCAGACUAAGCUGGAUUUUUUCACUAGGGAUGUUGUAAAAAAAAUAUUUAAUGCCAUUUUUCUGUAUAAAAUCUAAUGUAAAUCCAGCAAUACUAUACAUUUUGGGAAAUUAAUCUGCAGCAUUCUUGUCAUUAGGGAUAGGAAUGAACAUUCAAAAUGUAAUAAACCAGGGUUGUCUGGAAACUAUAGAGUUUUGGUUCUGAAAAUAGUGAAAUAAAUGAACAAAAACUACAUGUCAGGAGAAGCACUUUCAAAAAUACAGUGUGGUGUAAUGUGUUUCCACUCCAUUUAGUGGAGUUUAUAAGGUUUAAAAGUGAAAGUGACAUAUCAUAAUGCCACACAAACUGACACAGCAGGAAAGUGUUGCAGGGAUAUGUGUAUAAAUAUGACAUGAUGUGAUUGUGAAGUGGGUGGAGCUUUAACCCUUCUUUGGAGUUGAAGUUUCAGAUAAUGCAUUGGUCAUGAGUGGAGAAAGGCAGUAAAAUAAACUUUUGAAUUUUUUUCUGUUCUUUUGAUAUUUUUUAUUACAGCAUUUUAAGAGAAGACCUGUUAUAGACGCCGUUUACCCAAAAAUCCAAAAAAAAAAACAACCUGGAGUAGAUUAACACAUGAUUGAACAACAGGAACAUGUCGUUAAAAUGACACGUCCAUGAGUCAGGUGGAAAUGUAUUGUUAACCAUCUGGUUGCGCUGCUAUUGAAGAGCGCUCGUAUGAAUAUGGCAUCAAACAGCAAGUAGCGUGAUAUCCCAUGGGGGUGGUUACCACCAUGGCCCCAGACUCCUCCCUGCAACCACAAGCCCUGCCCCCUCCUCCAGGCAAGCCAUGUAGCAGCAGUCCUGUCCUUGCGCAUGGCUUGGAGGUGGAUCUCAAACCUCGAGGGAAACAUUAUGUGUGUGGCUCAGUGGCAGCUUUUACCAACAUCAUCAUCACCUUCCCCAUCCAGAAGGUGCUGUUCCGGCAACAACUUCAUGGCCUGAGAGCCACAGAGGCAGUGCGUCAGCUUCAAAAAGAAGGUUUACGAACCCUGUACCGUGGUCUUCUGCCUCCGCUAUUGCAGAAAACGAUUACAGUAGCUCUCAUGUUUGGCCUGUACGAGGACUUUUCGCGGCUGCUUUUAGAUCAUGGUGGGUCUUGUGGCGCUCCCGAAAUUCUCACACGCAGCACAGCGGCAUUUCUGGCUGGCACAGCUGAGGCGGUCCUGACACCGUUUGAGCGUGUGCAGACGCUGCUUCAGGAUCACCGGCAUGCUGGGCGUUUCCGCAACACGGCGCACGCCUUUGGCACGCUGCUACGCGAGCAUGGCGUGAGUGAGUGCUACCGUGGGCUAAUGCCUGUGCUGCUGCGCAACGGGCCCAGCAACAUGCUCUUCUUUGGACUGCGUGGGCCACUCAGGCAAUGGCUGCCCGAAGCCCACACCCACGCCGGACACAUGUUGAACGACUUUGUGUGCGGCGGGCUGCUGGGAGCCGGACUUGGCGUCCUCUUCUACCCACUGAAUGUGGUGAAGUCCCGGGCACAGGCGCAGGUUGGAGGUGCGUUCGUGCCCUGCAGCCAGGUGCUCCUGACAGUGUGGAGGGAGCGGGGCAGGAGUGUGGUGAUGCUGUUCCGUGGUGCGACUCUCAACUACCACCGCUCAUUGCUCUCAUGGGGCAUCAUUAAUGCAACAUAUGAACUGCUACUUAAAGUCCUUUGAGGAGAGAAGGGAGAAAGGAAGCUGACGAUAUUUGUUCUUAGCCACAGCACAGUCUUGGAGCUCAAGGGCACUGCCAUUUCCUUUUGUAUUCACUUACAGAUUUAACAGGGAUAUGUUUAUGAAAAACAAAGCUAAUCCUGUUAUGUUUCCUGAAAUGUUCCUUCAUAUUUUUCAUAAAGUUCUUGAAACAACCACUGCACCCUUUUACACCCUCACAUGUCCCUCAUUGGGACUUAUAACACGUAGAGAUGGGAAUCAAAAUUAAGUGUUACAUGACUGAGCAGCAUUUGUCUAUGAAAGAUUUGUGAUGUUAUUUGUACUAAUCCUAAUAAAACACACAGAUUGUUGCCUGGACCAUAUCACACGCAUUUGAUUUAUCUGUAUUUUAUUUUACUUGUCAGCAUUAAAGGAAGACUUUUGGCAAGAAGUUAAAUUAACAAAAUUUUUACCCUUUAUCCUCAAUUUAGUCUAUCAACAAAGAUUUGUUUGGUGUUUAAGUUUGCUUUUUUUAAGCCUUGCAUCUCCAGGAGAAAAGUAAUUUUGCUCAAGAAUAAGGGAAGCUUAUAGCCACCAGUUUAGCACUGUGCAAACUGCAUGCCUGAAGCAGACUCUCCUCAAAAGAUAUCAUAUGACCCAGUUUUAGAAAACAGCAGAAAAAGUGUACAAAAUAAACUUUCUGGCCUAAAGUUUGGACACCUGACCAUCACACUCAUAUGGACUUUUUGAACAUCCCAUUCCAGAUUUAGUCUCCCCGUUGCUGUUAUAAUAACCUCCACUCUUCUGGGAAGGCUUUCCACUAGAUUUUGGAGUGUGGCUGUAGGGAUUUGUCCAUUCAGCUACAAGAGCGUUAGUGAGGUCGUGCACUGAUGUUGGAUGAGGAGGCCUGGGAUGCAGUCGGUGUUUCAAUUCAUCCAAAAGGUGUUCAGUGGGGUUGAUGUCAGGGCUUUGUGCAGGCCACUCAAAUUUUGUCGUCAUGGAGCUUGCUUUGUGCAGAGGGGCAUCAUCAUGCUGGAACAUGUUUGGGCCUGUUAGUUCCAGUGAAGGGAAAUUGUAAUGUUACAACAUACAAAGACAUUCUAGACAAUUGUGUUGUUCCACAGUUGGGAAGAACUACAUAUGGCUGUGAUGGUCAGGUGUCCACAUACUUUUGGCCAUAUCGUAUAUCUACGUUGCCAGUCAAAGCUUUUGAACACGAGUGAACCUUAAACCUUUAACAGGUUUACUUUCUAAGUGCCUUUAAUAAAGAGCUUGUUAGGAGCUGAUGUUGACCUGUUAGUAAGAUUAAUAUUUUCUUAUUUAAUUUCAAUUCUAUAUCAUUUGUUUGGUUUUGGUUUCUGGUAAUAACAGUGAAUAAACUAUAAUGAAAAAUAACCUGAAACUAAGACGCCCUAUGAUUUACUUUUAUCAUACACAGGAUGUGAACCUUGUGUCAAUGUUGCCAGAAAAGGCUCCACCAAAACCUUCAUCAGGAUAAAGUAGGUACUGAAGAAUAAUGAAGGAAAUAUAUUAACAUCAUAAUCACUUCUAACAUAUGGUUCUAAAUUUCAUACCUCGUACCACAUGUGUAGUUUGACACAAACUAUCGGCAGAGGAAGUGAUUCUGGGUUCAAGAUAUGUUAGCUUUUCUUUGAGAUUACUGACAUUGACAUGGUUCAAGGCAAGCUCAUGAAGAUUUGGGCGCGCAGGUAGCAUGAUUCAAAAUUGGUGGCUUUAAUUGUCCCUUAUUGGCUAAUAAGGAUGUAACUAAAUACUUUCCUACGGGAAUGAAUGAGUGAGUAAUCAGAUAUCAAGGUUGUAUUCACUAGCGCCAAUUGUUAAGUCAUCCUUAGUAACUGGUUCUGAGUAAGAGCUAGAAUUAUCAGACCAUGCUGACGGUGCUGGUAUUGUCUACUUUUGGCCACACUUACUUUGGUUACAGCUAGUGUCAUUGUGUUACAUUCCUUUUGGUUAGCUAAAUUAGCCUCAAAACUAAAGAAUCAAACUUAUAACACCAAACAUGCCAGGAUUGAUCAACUACAAUCCUACAAAUGUUAUUUCAUGUAGAGUUUCACUGCAGAGAAACAGGAACAUAAUGGCGAAUAUAUGGCCAGAGACGCCACAGAAUGCUGUAAGCUGCAUUCUCAUUUAGGAGGAAAAGACAGGUGUAAUCUCUUCCUGUUGCUAUGUAGUGUACCAAUAUGUCCAAGGUCACAUAGCAAUUGUCCACUUGACCUCCUUCCAAGUGCACUAAGGUGGCUGACACUGACAGUUAGUGGUAUUGUGUGUAGUAACAAUCCUUGGUUUGGCAGUGCUGACAGGGUGCUCAUUUUAUUAGCUGUUUAUAAUAAAUAAUAAAUGGGGAAACUGUAUUUAUAAUGAAGAGAAUGUUAUGUGUUGAAGAAAUGUGUUGGGACUGUCUUUUGUAAAGGUCUGAUGUGGUGACAAACCACCACAUGGAAAAUAGAGUGCCUUUAGUUCGUUUGUGGUCGAAAUGGAUAACAGAGUUUCAUGUAAACAAAUCAAACAAAAGCCUGUUUAGUAUUCCUUUUUCAUGCUUUUUUUUGUGUGUCAUGAUCCAGUAUGAAAUGUUCAUCCCUCAACCCCAUAAGAACUCUCUAUCUUUUUUAUGCAUUACAGUCAGCAAUUUAUCUUCAGUAAAAAAUAUAUGCACUUAAAAAAACUACACUUAAAAAAAAAAAAAAAGAAAAGAAAAAACAAGCAUAAUAUUCAAUGCACAAAGACACAUAGAAACUCCAAAUAACAUCCAGCAUGGAUUGUCAGAUCCGCUGCUGGUCAAAAGGUUCAUGAUUUCAUUAUAUGAUAUUAAUACAGUAAUCUGAUUCAUUUAUUUUGUUUUUACAUCUGAAGUGUUAUGGUCAGCUUUAUUGUAAAAAGGCGUGACCGUGUAUCUUAAAAAGACUUAAUGCUGUCUUUCCAGUUGAGUAUGACCUUUUUGGUAAUGGUGAGUGAUAUUAAUAGAACAUGGUUAAAAUGUAAUGUGAAGUAGCAAAGUAAUGCUACAGUGGGACAUAUGGGGAUGCUGAGGUUGAGGGUCUCAGCUUACUCAUGACUAAGGAUUUCUGGUAAAAAAAAAAGCAAA